ACCUCCCAACAAAACAUGAAAAAUGUUCGAUGUUUGGAAAAAUAUCGAUGGAUCGACGACGCGUCGGAAGCAAAGUAACAUCGAUGCAUCGUGUUAAAAACAUUGUCGAUGCUCGAUACAUCAAUGUUUUUGUGCAUCCCUAACUUACAUCCUAGUCAAUAUUUUAAAAAGAUUACUUACCAUGAAUAGAGGAUUUUUUCACACAUCUAAAUGGAGGAAGUUUUCGUUUUAUGCUGCCGGAGCAACUACUUGUGGAUUAUUUUUAGGAAAUUAUGUACCGCACACAUUUGGCUUGCCAUAUCUUCUGCACUUUGUACAAUGUUAUGAGAAUGGCGUGGAGCGUGCAGUUCCGAGCAUUGUACAAACACGUCUAGAAAAAGCCCUUGACAUGUUGCACACGGAGCUUCACCGAAAAUCACUAAGGUCCUUUACUGUUUUUGGCUUUGAUUUGUAUUAUGCCGGUUCGACCAAAUAUCGCUUUGGCGGCGCACUUGGCAUUCCUGUUAAUUAUGGUUACACAAGCCCUGAUGAUAUAAAUUAUAGUGAAAUACGUUUUCGUAACAAAAAAAUCGAGUGGAAUUCGCCCAGCAGUAAACUGUUGCAGCAAUCACUAGUUCUAGAUGAAACGGAACAGAUAUUUGGGUUCUGUAAAACGGUUCUGCAGCUAAAAACAAAUUAUGUCCUACUAAACUCAAUUUUCCCAAGUCUUUCUUUUCUUAUGGUCUAUAGUGUCGGACACUAUCUUAACCUACGUCUGAACUUGUUUGCGCGUCACAUUAGCGUACGCAUGGUGAUGUACACCAUUUUGGCACUAUUUGGCAUUGGAAGUUGUACUUUUAUGAAGGAUUACAAUCAGGUCAGCACGGACGUCGAGAUUGAUAAAUAUUUGGCUACGCUAGGAACAGAUUUAGUGGCGGCUGGCAUGCGAUAUUAUGAUAAGCAAUUGAAUAAAAACAUUGCUCUUCGCCAGUUGUCUGGUGAUGAUUCGUAUACGGCAUUAGGCAAUGAAAACUACGUGCUACGUCAAAAGUCAAUGCCAUUAACUGCUCGGAAAUUAUUUUUUGAACAAAAAUGGCAUGAUCUUCAAAAGGAAUUGGCAAGCUCAAUCAAGACGGAUCUAAUUACUGAAGGAUAACAAUCGUUUUAAGAUUAACGCUGGAAUGUAUGUAUUUGCAAUUGUUCAAGUGACUAGUUUCGCUUAAUACAAUUUGAAAUAUUGUUGAUGUCCUCGA